AGUCCCUACUCUUAUUUUAACUGCCUUUAAAAAGCUGAUAUUUCACAAUCUUGAAGCUGGGGUUGCGAUUACAGUGUGCCAUGCCAAGUUUUUUUGUUUUCAGCAAAACAGAGAACAUACUGGUUUUGUCUGAAGAAACGGACGGCAAUCGAUCGGAUGUAAACUUCAAGACUGUGACCGUAGGAACUGUUUGUGGAUAUGCCUCUGAGAACAACACACUGCUAGAAUUGUCCUGCCAUAGUGCCAUGGUCAUCCAAUCUCUGCCAUCACAGGAACCAGUGGUUAAUUAUUUCACCAAGGGCAUCUGUGAAUGGGAAGGCGACGAAUACUUGUCAUCGUUCAACAGGAAUGCAUCGGAAAGGAGACAUGUUCCAUUGGUGUUUCUGAAACCAAGUUUGGAGGCCGAAGCAUUGUCGAGUCUAGCUGUAGAAGCUCUCUCUGUUAAUACCAAAUCUUGUUUUAUUUAGCAAAUAUCAAGGAUUACAAGUCUCUAAAGGUAGGGGAAAAGAGACCAUUUUAGCUCUAUCUAUAGAAGAAAUUAAAUCAUGGAAAAGAGAGAAGGGAAAACUGAAAGAAAAGUCCUACCCAGUU